UUCAGGAUAAGCCAAGCAUGGCUGUUUAAGGGCAAGUCUCAUCCUUGUUGAGACACAAGUUUUCUUUUGUAUUUUUUUUUCUUCAUUCCUCCUCUCUUGUAAAAAUUCCCAAGUUUUAUGAUAUCUAAGUUAUGCGUGGAGCAACUAUUACGUUUUGAGUCUACAACUGCAUUGUAAGUAUUUAUAAUGUUUUAUGUCUACAAAUAUUUUAUCUGAAUUCCUCCUCUCUUGUAAAAAUUCCCAAGUUUUAUGAUAUCUAAGUUAUGCGUGGAGCAACUAUUACGUUUUGAGUCUACAACUGCAUUGAAUUUGAAACCAUGCCCCCUUGUCCUAGUCGCGGAGGAGGUCGUAGAGGAGGAACGUCUUUUGGGACUUCUUCGAGUUCCAGGGGUGAUACUGAUUCGACGUUAAGGACUGCACUUUUAAGCGGCUUGAAGCUUUUUGGAGAAAAAUAUGAUUUUGAAUUGUUAGCGAAGCGUGAUGAAUGCGAGCGCCUUGUGAGGCUCUACAAACAGUGCAAGAUUGAUAGAUUGAGCAAUUGUGAUUUUUAUUUGGGACUGAGGUCUGAAGGCUGUCCUGACUUCAAUAAGGAAGAGUUUUUGCAGACUUUGCGGGUGUCUAAUCCAAAGGGAACGUCUUUUGGGACUUCUUCAAGUUCCAGGAGGGAUUAUGAUUGGUUCGAGACUGCAGUUAUAAGCUUCUUCAAGCUUUUUAGUGAAAAAUAUGAUUAUGAACUGUUAACGAAGCGUAAAGAAUGCGAGCGUCUUGUGGGGCUCUACAAAGAGAAGAGUUUUCGCAGACUUUACGAGUGCCUAAUCCGAAGAGUAAUGGAACGUCUUUUGGGACUUCUUCAAGUUCCAGGGGGGAUUAUGUGCAAGACCAAUAAAUUGAGCCAUUGUGAUGUGUAUUUGGAACAGAGGCCUGAAGGUUGUCCCGACUUCAACAAGGUAUGGCUCAUGGAGAAGUUGAAAGUAGUGGAUUCUUGUCCCGCAUAUUCAGCGCGCGGCUUUUUCUUUCGCCAACGACUCGUUGAUUUCCCGAACGAAGGGUGGUGGUGUCACUGGAUGUGCAACAGGUCUGCUGUUGACAUCGCUUGGCGUUGUCCAUGGUUUGAUCUUCCUGAGAUGUGCUACAGUAUGUCCCGACAGCCUGGCAUCCAGUUGGUUGGCUUGACGCACUACGUCUUCUACUUCCGAUUCCGGUUCCGGCGUCGGUUUGGUCACAACCAGACUUGCCCAGAAAAAAGGGUAGAGUACCCAGCUUCAUUUCCAGUCCGAGGCUCACAGCUAGCUCGAUACCCUACUGCAUGGAGAACAAAAGAACCUCUGGCCCCCGCUCCCAAUUUCAGUUGUGCCCUUUCUGGCGAGUGCAUAGCUUGGCUUGAAGAUGAGGCACAAACUGGGCCUACUUUGGCAUCUGAGGCUUCCACAAGCUCUGGGAAGUAGC